UCAGUAUCAAUGCCGUGAGAAGCCGGUUACUUACUUUGGGACUCAUGAAGCCUAGACAACACUCAAAAAGGAUUAUAUGUAGCUAGAGUUAUUCCCAGACCGCCAUUUACGGGAUAAUGUGCGCCGGGCUUGGAGUCGAUCAUCUGCAGCUUUUCCCGCUCCCGCGAUUCAGCUUCCGGGGGUAUCCCGAUCGAUUAGAAACGGCUUGCAAUUCUCGGCACCGGAGAACGGCCGGAGCCAGAUCCCAUAUUGGCGACAGCAGGAUACACCGCAGGGUCGCGUGCUUUUGCUGCCAGGGUGGAGAUCGAGAUGUGCGUGCAAACGGGCCAGUCAGAGAGACGGCUUACACAAUUACAGUAAGAAAGGAGAUGCGGAUGCUGCAGAUAAACGUCCGUUUACCCGCGUCGUGUUCGGAUCACAAUCUUAUCCAAGGUGCCAAGCGGACUCGCUGCGCGCCGAGUCAAAUCUAUAAGUCUGGGCGUUGUCGCACCCAAGAUGAUGUGACUGGCUUUGGUGAGAUCCCAACUCCAAAAACGGGCACGCAACAGCGGAAACCUCGUCCACACGUACCUCGAUUACGGCCAUCUCUCGGUCACCCCCGCCGCCGCCGAGAGCUUCGAUUGCUUUGCUUUGCUGUGAAUGCCGCUGGGCCGGUCUCAGUUCUUCCGGAAGGCUUGUUUGAUACAGAUGCCACGACUUGGAAAUGCAGUCACCGCAAACCGGUAGAAUUUGGGGUCCUUUGACCUGAUGUUAGUUGAAAGCAAUGGGUUUUUCAAAGUCAA